UGAUAAAGUUUGAACAUGAACCAACCUUCUCCAGUUCUCUGUUCUCACUGCACUUGGUUUGGGCUUCAACUUCACUUACUCAAAAUGAACUUUCAACACCUGUGUUUCGUUUCCUUCACAAGUUUUGCUUUACUUUUCAUCUACGUUGCUUCAACUCAGCCUCCAUUUUCAUGUGAUUCACUAGACCCAUCAACAAAAACCUACCCUUUCUGCCAAACUACACUCCCCAUUACCCAGAGGGCUAGGGACCUUGUUUCCAGGCUGACAUUAGAUGAGAAGAUCCCUCAACUCGUUAACACUGCUCCCGCGAUUCCUCGGCUCGGUAUCCCCGCCUACGAGUGGUGGUCGGAGGCGUUACAUGGUGUUUCCAAUGUCGGCCCCGGCAUCAAGUUUGGUGGUACUAUUAAAGCUGCCACUAUCUUCCCUCAAGUCAUCCUCACCGCCGCUUCUUUCGAUGCUUAUCAAUGGUAUCGCAUUGGCCAAGCUAUUGGAAGAGAAGCAAGGGCAAUAUACAACGCAGGAGAAGCGAAUGGGAUGACAUUUUGGGCCCCAAAUAUUAACAUAUUUAGGGACCCAAGAUGGGGGAGAGGGCAAGAAACACCAGGGGAGGAUCCACAUGUUACAGGGAAAUAUGCUGUGUCAUAUGUCAGAGGAUUUCAAGGGGAUACUUUCCAGGGAGGGAAGCUUGUUGGACACCUUCAAGCUUCAGCUUGUUGUAAGCAUUUUACAGCUUAUGAUUUGGAUAAUUGGAAGGGCGUAAAUCGGUUCGUCUUCGAUGCUCGUGUCACUGUGCAAGACUUAGCCGACACAUACCAACCACCGUUCAAGAGGUGCGUGAAGGAUGGGCGAGCAAGCGGCAUAAUGUGUGCGUACAAUAGAGUGAAUGGGGUCCCAAACUGUGCAGAUGAAGACCUCUUAUCAAAGACAGCUAGAGGUGAAUGGGAUUUCAAAGGGUACAUCUCAUCGGACUGUGAUGCUGUCGAUGUAAUGUAUAACAAUCAACGAUACACCAAAGCACCCGAAGAUGCUGUUGUCGAUGUUCUUAGAGCUGGCAUGGAUGUCAACUGCGGAUCCUUCCUGCAGAAAUACACGAAAUCAGCUAUUCUACAGAAAAAAUUGCCUGAAUCCUUGGUAGACCGAGCUCUUCAUAAUCUCUUUUCUAUCAGAAUUAGAUUAGGCCUUUUCAAUGGAAAUCCAGUGAACAAUCCUUUCGGUAACAUCGGGACUGAUCAAAUUUGCUCCCCUGAGCACCAGAUUCUAGCACUGGAAGCUGCUCGUAACGGCAUCGUCCUUUUAAAGAAUGAUGCAAAACUCCUUCCACUUCCGAAAGCAGCCAUGUCGCUAGCGGUAAUAGGCCCUAAUGCCAAUUCCGCGCAAACACUUCUCGGAAACUAUGCAGGUCCACCAUGCACGUCUUUUACUCCUUUGCAAGCCUUACAGGGCUAUGUUAAGAACACCGUGUACCACCCCGGUUGUGAUACUGUUUCUUGUUCGGCUGGUGCGAUUGACAAAGCAGUAGACAUAGCAAAACAGGCAGAUUUCGUAGUAUUGAUAAUGGGAUUAGACAAAACUCAAGAAAGGGAGGGGCUUGAUCGCGUCGAUUUGUUGCUUCCCGGGAGGCAACAGGAACUCAUCACCACUGUUGCAAAAUCAGCAAAGAGACCAGUUGUUUUGGUGCUUCUUUCUGGAGGUCCAAUCGACGUAUCUUUCGCAAAGGAUGAUCCGAGAAUCGGAAGCAUUUUGUGGGCAGGUUAUCCAGGACAAGGAGGAGGCACUGCACUUGCAGAGAUAAUCUUUGGUGAUCACAAUCCUGGAGGGAGAUUACCUGUAACUUGGUAUCCACAAGAUUAUACCAAAGUACCAAUGACAGACAUGAGGAUGAGGCCCGAAUCAGAUUAUCCGGGUCGAACUUAUAGAUUCUAUGAAGGGGAGACGGUCUUUGAAUUCGGUUAUGGCCUAAGUUACUCAAAGUAUUCUUAUGCAUUCACACACGUGUCCCGAAAGAAUCUCUACUUGAAUCAUUCUUCGAGUUUACGUACAACCAGGACCUCGAAUUCCAUAAGAUACAAUCUCGUGUCGGAUCUAGGCGAUGAAGUCUGCGAUCAAAAGAAGUUUACCAUUAGAAUUCGAGUCGAAAAUCACGGGGAGAUGGCCGGUAAACAUCCAGUACUGUUGUUUGCGAGGCAAGGAAACCGUGGAGAUGGAAGUCCAAAGAAGAAAUUGAUAGGAUUCAAGAGUGUGAUUCUAAGUGCAGGGGAAAUGGGUGGCAUUGAGUUUGAGGUAAGACCCUGUGAGCAUUUAAGUAGGGCUAAUGGAUAUGGUUUGAUGGUAAUGGAAGAAGGGAGGCAUUUCUUGGUUGUAGGGGAUGAUGAGCACCCAAUUACUGUAAUUGUCUGAUACAUGCGGAUAUUAUUGAUAAAUCCCAAAUUGUUGACCAUAAGUUCCAAUAAUAAUAAU